CCGGUCAUUUCCGUUGAAUGGCGACGGCGAUGAAUAGUUUGUUUCAAAGUGCGUUGUAGUGUGUUUGACUUCGUUAUUUUGGGAGGUUCUCCAACUUUCCUUUCUCCGUAUCGCGAUCCUUGGAUCUUCUUGAGUAUAUGCACGAGGAGUAAUUCGGAAUAUCGUGCGUGCGGGAGUGGUAAAAUUCGAAGCAUAAGCGUGCCUUGUGUCGGACACUUUUUGCAUGAGAAUAAUGGCCGAUGUCGAAAGAAAAAAGCUGACCGAACUCCGAGUUAUAGAUCUAAAAACAGAACUUGAGCGGCGCGGGCUCGAUAAGACUGGCAAUAAAGCAGCACUACUCGACCGGCUCUCCAAAUCCAUAGCUGACGAAGGGGAGAAUCCAGAUGAAUAUCUGAUUAUACCAUGUGGCGGAGUAUGCAAGAUCAGUCCAAGAAAGAACAGCGUAACUGGUGCAUCGAAUCAAGAUGAGUCACCUGAAACAUUGGAGAGUCAAAAAGAGGAAACUACAGAGGGGCCAGAUAAUAAUGAAUCAAAAGUAAAAGUAGAGAAGCCUAUUGUAGAAAAGGAGACAAUGGCCAUUAAAACAGAGGAACUCCAAAGUGAAGUUCAGAAUAACACUAGUAAAGAAACAGACUGUAAACAGGAACCUAAGGUUCAUUUGACUAAACUUGCGUCCGAAUCCACACAGGCGGUCAAAGCAGAGCCUGAGGCUGCAGUUGCUGCAAGUCAAACCUCAAGUAAUUCAGCUUCAACUCUUGAAGCUAAUGGCAUCGAUAACGAAGAUUCGAUUAAUCUAACUAUCGGAGAAGAUGAAGAAAAUCUCCUUGCCGAGGAGACAGAGUCUCACGAUAGACACAAGGAUGGAGGAGAGAAGAAGAAAUUGGAAGAGAACAAGAAGGGAGAGUCUAAAGGGAGCAGUAGAGCAGAAGCCGGUGCCAACAGCAAGGAAGGGACGACGUCAGGUGCAAACGUCGGGACGAAGAACAAGCAGGACGGUGGAGACGGAAGCAAGAGUGUGGAGUCUAGUAACAAGAGUCAGAAAAGAGACGAUAAAGACAAGAAGACCUCCCAAGUCAGCCCCGUUAAUGCAAGUAGCAGAAACUUAUGGGUAUCUGGAUUGUCUUCGGGUACUCGUGCGACCGACUUGAAACAAAUAUUCUCAAAGUACGGAAAAGUGAUAGGUGCCAAAGUAGUUACAAACGCAAGAACACCUGGUGCAAGAUGCUACGGAUACGUUACCAUGUCUACUAGCGAGGAUGCAGCGAAAUGUAUACAGCAUUUACAUAGAACGGAACUUCACGGACGUGUAAUAUUCGUAGAAAAGGCGAAAGGUGACACUCAGCAGAGUCAUAUGCGCAAACGAGACACUACGAAUGGAAAGUCCGAGAAGAAAGAAGAGAAAGACAAAGCUAAGGAUAAUCACGACCUAAACGAUCGGAAGGAAAAGGAACAGAAAAAGGAAAUCGAAGAUAAAGGAUCGGAAACAAUGAAAAAAUUGGACGAGAAGAGCGAGGGCCCCGAGAACAAGAAAGCAGAGGUGAUGGAGAAGAAAGACGAGGCUGCCAAGGAAUCCGAUACUCGGUCAACCAAAUCUACCAGCAAAAAGCCAGAGGGCGAGAAAGGAAAGCGCGACGAGAAGAGAAUCCGUUCCUGGGAUCACCACCGAUCGCAUACACGAUCCCGUAGCCGCGAACGUCGGAGACGCGACGACGUACUCACAUUCGCCAAGAUCAGGGAAGAACGAGAGAGGCAAAGAUUACGCGAAAGAGAGAGAAUGCUUCGCGAGGAGGAACGGAGGAGGCGUGAAGAUAUGGAGCGACAGAGGGAAAUAGAACGCAGACAAAGGGAAGAAGCUGCACGUUUAGAAAGGGAGCGGGAGAAGUUACGGAGAGAGAGGGAAAGAAUUGAACAGGAGAAGGCAGAGUUACUUCGACUUGAACGGGAACGUCAGAAGCUCGAAAGGGAAAAGCUAGAGCGCGAAAGAUUAGAGCUGAAAAGACAACAGAUGCGACUCGAGGAGAGCAGACGUGCACCACCACCGCCGUCUAUAAAACGAUCUUCCAGUGACAGAAGGGAUCCAAGAGACUUGUACGUGGAACCGGACAGAAAACGCAUGACCACGGAGCACAGUCGAAGACACACUCCAGAGCGAGUGAGCGAUCGACGUGGCGAAAUUUUGGACCGUGUCUCUGACAGACGAUUGGACGCAUCACCGCCCACUCGCUACGAAUCUAGCAGAUCAGCUCAAGAUAUAGGAAUAAAGAAAGAAUUUAAACGCAGUAGUGAAUUCACCUCGCGAAGUAGUCGGCCGGAAAGUUUUACCGAGGUAUCACGUGGAAGGGAAGUGAUAGUUCGACGAGAACCUCUCAGCGCCGCGGCAUCGUCCAUUGAUCCUCGACAAGUGAAGGAAAGCAGGUAUGAACGGCCAAGCACAACCACUUACACUCGCGAACGCGAAGUUCGACGUUCCGAACCAGAAACGCAUAGAAGUUCCAGGGAUAGUCACACACGCUAUGGCGAAAGCUUCAAACCUACAAGUUCUAGUACGCCACGGGACAGUCGCUACGUGGAGAGCAACAGAACAACUAGUAGCUGGCAUUCUGGACCACCGUCUGCGAAAUCAUUUAAUUCCGUACCGAGUAGUGGAACCCGAGACCCUCGAAACGAGCCGUCCAGCUGGAGUUCCAGGUCCUCGGAGAAUGUAAACAGAUGGAGUAAUUCAAGCAGUAUGGGAAAUACGUUGCGACAUCCAGUGCCACCAACGUACCAAAGCGGCCCCAUUCAGUCCAUGGGUUUAACGGCACCCGGAACAACGCCGUCGUACGAUCGUUUUGAUCCGUACAAAUCAUCCAUGGCAAGCAUGAGGAAAUAUUGAUCUUGUCGUUCCAAUACAGGCUACUGUAACGAGUGACGAGUUCGAUAAAUACGUUCUAAGACGUGUGCGUAUGCACAAACACACAUACACACACCGAAUUACUAUCCACAUUCUUGAUAAAUGAAAUUUAACUAUCCACAGCAGUUUAUAUCGUAGGCGCAGUCUUAGUUGUAUAAUUUACACACAACGGUUGAAAAACUUCUUUGAUCUUGCGAGAAGCGAACAAUUUUUUUACCGACGAACGAGAGUUCUAUACUUAAGACGUCUAGAAAUCUCCUGUUUCCUUCUUAUUCGUUGCAUUUCGAAUCCACAUUUCGAAUCCAUUUUUAUUCGCGGCGAAUAGAUUUUUAAUCGUCGCGUGUAUCACAGGCGAUGCGAGUACACUUCGAAAACGUUACAUUUUCCGAACUGUACGAGCAAAUCGAAACGGUGGUAUUUCGUCCUGUUGAUUUUUAUUUUACGCGCACAGUUUGAAAGUGGUACUAAAGACUUUUUAAACGUCCACCGUAAAGCGUGUUUAACGGGCACGUAUUUAUUGAUUUUUCCAAUGCGCACUAGCUAGGAAAAUACAUCCAACGCGUACAACGCACGGUACACACAAUACCCUGUAUUGUUGAACUGUAAUAGAUGUUUGUACAGUUGUUAAUAGAUACGAUCAUGUGUGGUUAGAAAUCCUAAAGAGGAACAUUCGACGCGGAACGAAUAUCGCUUCGUUACGUUCGUUUAGGUGUAACGAAUUAGAUUUAUACGAAGCGUUCUGUUCAAUCGUUACCGCAACUUAUUCCGAACGAUAAUAACGCGCAUUCGUUUACAUCGAUGGACAUAUUCUUGUAGGACAUUAAGGUAUCGCAUAGAGUCACUCGCAGUUGUAUCGUAUACCUUUAACCGAUUCUUCAUAGAAACACGUGCAUAUUCUGCAAGAAUAUGACUAAAUUUGUAUAUUGAAUCCCAUAAGAAUUGUAUAUCUAACGAGGAUGAAGUCUACGUUCAUGCGUGAAGCACACGUACCACGUUUCAGUGUAGCGACGAUUAUUACGACAUAAAUAAAUUUAU